UAACAGCGUUAAGGAACUGGAGUGGCUCCAUUUUAAUCACGCUUCCGUGAGUUCAGGAACUCAUCGAGCUGUUUGUCAGAACUUUCUGCUUUUACACUUUAUACACAGAGAGAGAGAGACACAGAGAGAGAGACAGAGAGAGAGAGAGAGAGAGCAUGGGCAGCACGGCGGCGGACACGAAGGCGCGCGACUCCUCCAAAAAGAACACGAAGAAGAGGCGCGCACUGCGGCUCCACAUGCCUGUGGAAGAGCCCAUCUCACCAUAUACAUCUAAAGGGUUUUCAUUGAGAUCUCCACUACCUCAACCUGUGAGCCCCAUAUCAGCUCCUCACUGCUCCCGGACAUCUCCCAAUUCCCCUAAAACCAUCUUACCCCACCACCAGGACUCUUCUCCUAAAUCCCCCCACCGUCUCAGCUUCAGUGGUAUCUUCCGCUCGCCGUCUAAUCCCUCCAGCAUCAAGAUCUUCUCCAGAUCCCGGAAAGCGUCUGGCCCCAUGUCUCCGCCCACCACACCCACUCAGAGCACCAAUCCUCUGCUUUUCUCAACGGACGAGAGACGACUGCGCUCGUUCUCGUCUCCACCUGAUACGGGCCUUCAGCGCUUCAGUCUGGCUUCAGCAAGCUCCACCUCCUCCAGCCCCAGCCCCGUCACAUAUAGCCCCUCCUCCCGCCCAGUAUACAGUUCAACUGAAGCCAUGUUUGAGAAACUGGACCUCAGUGAUGGCGAGCCGAGCUAUGAUAUUUACACACACUUUCUGAAGUGCCACAGGUGCUACGACCUCAUCCCGACCAGCUCAAAGCUAGUGGUCUUUGAUACGACACUACAGGUCAAGAAAGCAUUCUUCGCUUUGGUCGCUAAUGGGGUGAGAGCUGCUCCACUGUGGGACACCAACCAGCAAAGCUUCGUAGGAAUGCUGACGGUCACAGACUUCAUCCGAAUUCUGCACAGAUACUACAAGUCACCUCUCGUGCAGAUAUACGAACUGGAAGAGCAUAAGAUUGAGACGUGGCGAGAACUCUACUUACAGGAAACAUUCAAGCCCUUGGUGAAUAUUUCACCUGAUGCAAGUAUAUUUGACGCAGUUUACUCCCUCAUCAAAAAUAAGAUCCACCGGUUGCCCGUUAUCGACCCAGUCUCAGGGAACGCCCUCUACAUUCUCACACACAAGAGGAUCCUGAAGUUCCUGCAGCUGUUUGUGCGCGAGAUGCCCAAGCCGGCCUUCAUGAAGCAAUCGCUGAGCGAGCUCGGCAUCGGCACGUAUGACAACAUCGCCUUCAUCCAGCCAGACACGCCCAUUAUCAAAGCGCUGAGCGUGUUUGUAGACAAGAGAGUGUCAGCGCUGCCUGUUGUGGAUAACACUGGAAAAGUCGUGGAUAUUUAUUCCAAAUUUGAUGUCAUAAACCUGGCGGCGGACAAAACGUACAACAACCUGGACAUGAGCGUGACGGAGGCGCUGAAACACCGCUCGGAGUACUUCGAGGGAGUGAUGAAGUGCAGACAACACGAGACCCUGGAGACCAUCGUGGACAGGAUCGUUAAGGCUGAGGUGCACAGGUUGGUGGUGGUGGAUGAAGACUCCAAGAUUGAGGGCAUCAUCUCUCUAUCAGACAUCCUCCAGGCUCUGAUUCUCUCUCCUGCAGGCUUAAGCAGGAAGGAGGAUAAAACGGAAACGCAAGGCAGGGCGAAGACAUAGCGAGCGUUACGCGAGUUCACUCGAGACCCUGAGAGAGACGUGGCUUUGACACGCAGUACGGCCGGACCUUGUUGUGAUCUACUGUGUAAAUGUUUGUAAUAUUUGUCCUGCUGUACUGUACUCUGCUCUGUUUUAUGGGCUCAGCUGCUGCUCCAUUUCACCAUUUCUCAGGAUGGAAAUGAGUCGCGCACUACAGGGAGAUCAUCUCGUACGCUACGUGGCCGAGUCGUCGUCGUACUCGUCAUGUGUCGGAUGGAAACCUGCUGGAAUUUACGGUGGUAGCUUUAACGAAUGUCACCAGCAUCUGUUUUUUUUUUUUUUUUUGAAUCGGAGAAAUCCUUGUUGACAUCUGAAGCUGCUUUCACACUUUACAUUUAAAAAAAAAAAAAGUGCCCACUGUAACCAUGACAACACUGCUACCCCUUCUGCCUUCUGAUUGGAUAGUACAAGCUACAAUUAGUUCAAUAUUUGUAAAUGGCUUCGUGGUCCACGCUAAAAUGAAAUAAAAUAAGGAUCUGAUGUGCCUUAUCGUAAAUCGAGAAUAAUUUACACUUCCAGGUUUCUGUUAGUUUUUCCUGACUUGUCUCGGAAAUGAAACGGAGGCAGAACGUGGUCGCUUUUAAAAAAAGCCUGAAAGAACGAACAAACAGAGGAGGAGUGAAAACUGUGAAAAAGGAGCCAGUCAAAAUGGAAAACGUAGAACAUUUCGAAUCGAAAAGAUUUUAUUGCCAAUAUUCCGACGUUGCGAUUCAGAGGCCGUGUGAAAGCAGCCUUAAAAGUUAUUUUGCUCGGAGGUGAUGUUAAUAAAUGGACGAUAAAUGUCUGAGAGUUCUGCUAAAAUCUGCUGUGGCUUUAACGUUAAAAAAGACAACUGAAUGUACGAAAUCCUUUAUCGCUGAUAAUCAGAUAUGAUAUUAUAUAUAUACACACACAGAGUGAUGAUCAACAUGCAAUAAAACAAUCCCAUGAUUCUGAUCACCA